AUGCGGCUCCUGUUCCUGGCGGUGCUACGGCCACACACUGGCAACGCGGUCACGGCCGAGCGCCUGCGAGACCACCUGGAAGCUGCCGGCCACAUGUGCGUUCUGAGAGAUGCCUUUGACUUUGAAAGCCCAUCUGACAUUGACAACCUCAUCACCACUGAGAACCUGGAAGCAGCCCUAGCCCUUCACCUUUACCGAGGAGGCAGACUUCUGCAAGGUCAUGGCAUUCCUUUUGGGGUCAUCUUUGGCGGAACUGAUUUAAAUGAAGAUGCCAAUCAUAAAGAAAAAAAUGAAGUCAUGGGGAGAGUCCUGGAGGAAGCCAGGUUUGCGGUGGCUUUCACAGAGGCGAUGAAGGACACAGCACAGGUGCAUUGGCCACAUGCUACUGGAAAGAUCUUUGUCCAGAGUCAAGGAAUUGCAACAAAACCAAAUGCCAACUUUAACUGGAACACCUUCCUCCAGCAAUCAGAGAUUGACCAAAAUGCAGACAACCUGUAUGUGUUCCUUAUAAUAUGUGGACUCAGGCCAGUGAAGGAUCCUCUGUACUUGGUAGAUGCAUUUUCAGAAUGGCAUCAAGAAGAGCCCAGUGUUUACAUGGUGAUUGUAGGUCCUGAGGUAGAUCCAGUGUUUACAAGGGAAGUGAAAGAUCGGGUGAGGAGGGCUGCAGGGGUGCGGCUGAUCCGGGAGAUGUGCCAGGAAGACCUGCAUGCAGUGGUGAAGAGCUGCUUCGCUCUGGUCAACAGCUCAGUCUCUGAGGGCAUGUCAGCCGCCAUCUUGGAGGCAAUGGAUUUGGAAGUUCCCGUGCUGGCUAGGAACAUCCCUGGGAACUCAGCUGUGGUGGAGCACGGAGUCACAGGACUGCUGUUUUCAAACCCUCAGGAGUUCAUUCAGUUGGCAAAGAGACUGCUUAGCGAUCCUGCGCUGGAGAAGGAAAUCGUGACCAAUGGAAGGGAGUACGUGAGGACACACCAUUCCUGGCAGGUGGAGAGAGACACCUACCAGCGCCUCGUCCGGAAGCUGGAGGAUUAA